AUGGUCGGUACAGUGAUAAUUCUGUUCCUCCUAAACACCUGUUCCGUGUAUUGUUUUGGCGGAUGGGGUUUCGGUCCGUAUCAUCCCAUGAUGAUGAUGCACAUGUAUAAUCCAUGGAUAAUGGAUUGGCGCGGUCCACACGGUUGGGGCCGUUGGACACCUCGAUGGGACUACGGGGAUUACGGUUACGGUUACGCUCCGUUUAGCUCAGCCCCGUACGGAUACGAAAAUCCCUGGUAUGGUUGGAAUCCGUACAAUAAUCAUGUUUACGCAAGCCCAUAUCUGGCGAACAACUAUGGAUACGGGGCUGACAGUAUUGGUGUAAAUUUUGGCUACUCCGAUCGUGAUGGUUACGGAGAUUGGUAUAGAAGAAAACCGUACCCUCAUGUUUUUGGCAAGCAGGAGGGAAGACGCCUGUCGGUACCUAGAUGGGAUGUGACUGAUUGGGGGUCUGACAAAUACGGAUUCGGGGAUGGCAUUCUCAAAGCGAAAUAUGACAAUCCGAAGGCUAAAUGGACAGGCAAAGAAAAGGACCAUAGAAAACUUCGAUUGACUAAAAUCUCGAAUCAAGGUAUGUACCAUCCAAGCAAUCACCACCAGCAUGUGGCAGUUCCACAUUAUCAUCGAAAAACUGAUCUAUAUGGGUCCGGUCAACCAGACCAUGGAUACGAUUCGACACUGUGGAACGCUCCUUGGUUUGCCUACGGACAAGGUGGACACGGCUAUUAA